AGUUGGCCUGACAAAGCCGUAUUGAAGCACAGACAGAGUACGGUUUCAAAGCAGUCAGAAAAAGAACGGGAAUGCUGUUCAGGAAAUUCUUCAGGCAUGGGCAGGGACUUGGCUGCAGUUCUACAGUUGGAAAAUCUGACUGGGGCAGCUUCUGAACACGGGCUGGGCCUGCUCACACUCGGCAGGCCAGUCGGCCGCCUCCUUCAGAGUCUCUCCGCACACUCCCGGAUUGAGGGCGAUUUUCACCAGCUGCCUUGGGAAGCAGAAAAGAGAGAUGCCUCAGGAACAGUACACACACCACCGGAGCACCGUGCCCAGCUCCGAGGGGCCACAGGUGUACAAAGUGGGGAUUUAUGGCUGGCGGAAACGAUGCCUGUAUUUCUUUGUCCUGCUCCUGAUGAUUUUAAUACUGGUGAACUUGGCCAUGACGAUCUGGAUUCUCAAAGUCAUGAACUUCACAAUUGAUGGAAUGGGAAACUUGAGAAUCACAGAAAAAGGUCUAAAGCUAGAAGGCGACUCAGAAUUUUUGCAACCUCUCUACGCCAAAGAAAUCCAGUCCCGACCGGGUAAUGCCCUGUAUUUCAAAUCAGCCAGAAAUGUGACAGUGAACAUUCUCAAUGACCAGACUAAAGUGCUAACUCAGCUGAUAACAGGUCCAAAAGCCGUAGAAGCUUAUGGCCAAAAGUUUGAAGUAAAGACAGUUUCUGGAAAAUUGCUCUUCUCUGCGGAUAACAAUGAAGUCGUAGUAGGAGCUGAGAGAUUACGAGUUUUAGGAGCAGAAGGCACAGUGUUCCCUAAAUCUAUAGAGACACCUAAUGUCAGGGCAGACCCCUUCAAGGAACUAAGGUUGGAGUCCCCAACCCGGUCUCUGGUGAUGGAGGCCCCAAAAGGAGUAGAAAUAAAUGCAGAAGCCGGCAAUUUGGAAGCCACCUGCAGAACAGAGCUGAGACUGGAGUCCAAAGACGGAGAGAUUAAGUUAGAUGCUGCGAAAAUCAAACUACCUAAACUGCCUCACGGAUCCUACUCGCCCACAGGAACGAGGCAGAAGGUCUUCGAAGUCUGCGUCUGCGCCAACGGGAGAUUAUUCCUGUCCCAGGCAGGAACUGGUUCCACUUGUCAGAUAAACACAAGUGUCUGCCUUUGAGAGACUAUCCAUAAUGGACAUUGUUGGCAACAGCAGGCCUUUUUUCUGGCUUUAGACACUGGCUGCCAACUAUUUUUACUAGAACACAGAAAGCCUAUCAAAGACCUGUGUGUGUGUGUGUGUGUGUGUGUGUGUGUGUGUUUGUGUACGUGUGUACGCGUGUGUUUGCACGCGUGAGUGUGUUUGCGAGUGUGGGUGGAUAUAAAUAUAUAUAAAUAUAUAUAAAUAAAUAUAUAUAUCCUCUGUAUAAAAUGAGGUUUCAGUACAAAAGGAACCAUGGGUGACCCUGUGAUACCCACUAUCAUUUCCAUUCCCCCCACCACCACACACAUGAUAAAAUCAAAACACUAAUUCAGGCCCAGUAUUCCCCAAACCCUUCAAAAUCACAGUGUAUUGGACACUUACCAAAUAUUCAUCCACAUGUGUGAGUAACGGUGUUAUCUUCUCCUUUAGUGUCAUUACAGGGCAGUGAUGGCGGGAAUCUCCAAGUCAUGCCCAAGUGCUGAGACCCUUGAAUUAAAAACAGACAUUUGGUUUCCUUUUGUAGCUUUAGUAAAGCAGGCCAACUUCUCCCUCUUCAAGUUAGGUAUGGGGCAAUGCCAUAGGCGUCAGCCAUAGAGACUCCAAAUGGCUGUUCUCCCUUUGCAGUCAAAUGUUUUGGGGGCUUGUGUGGUUGGAUGAAUGAGGAGGAUGAAUUUUAGCAAAGUUUGAAAACAGUUCACCCAACUCCUGCUGUCUUACUUUUUUCAAACUCACAUAUUAUUCCCCAGUCAAAACAGGAGUCGUAAAUCAGCACAAAAUAGGAUAACAGCUGCUCCUCAGUCAGCUGGAAGCUACUCAAUGGCCUUACAGACAAGGAAUAAAUGGGUGAUAUGUCUAUGUUUAAAGGGGGAAAAAAUGGCUCAAAAUCUGUUAAGUCCUCACUUUUGACUUACUCAGCAGACUCCAACCAAAAAUGAUCAGGUCAAAGGAAUAAUAAAGAGAAACAAAAGAAAAGAAAGAAAAAAAAAUGAUUGGGUCAAUCAAAAUUCAUAAGAACAGAACCCCAAAAGGAGCCAUUUGGAAAUGGAAGUCUAAUCAAGAAUAGCACCAGGAACCUAAUUAUUAUUAUACACUUCUCGGGAUUUAGAGACAUGCCUUUUACUUUUAAAGGCAUGAACGCACUCACUGGUUUCAAUCUUCUGAUAGAAUUUUUUCAGUGUUGGGGUAUUCAUAGCCCUAAAUCCAUCAUUCUGUUUUCUCCACGAACGACAGAUCUAAAGUACUACUCACCCCUAGAAAUGAUCACUGAAAUGUAACAUGAACUCUGUCGAGUGUCUUUAUCAGAAUCACUCUGUCCCCUGGGGCCCAGCAGCACCCACUCCCCCGCACGUGAAUGCAGCUCUGUAAUUCCCGCCAUCAGCUACCUCUCAUCACCCCACCUCCAUCGCCAUGCUCCAGGGUCACCCUGGCCAGCUCUUGUGCUGGGACAGGGGAUUACACCAUCUCUGUUCAAAGAGGGAGAAAUGUGCCUAUGCCUUCAGUCAAUGCACUCAGCAAGGAGAAGCACAUCCUAUUUAUCUUGUUACCUGUAGUUUAUUUUGGGUGAUUGGAGGGGCAUGUUUUAGUAAUGACUGGGCAUCUUAAAAGAAGGUAGACAAACCAGCUGGCUGACAGAUGUGGACUCUGAGGAACCCAGAAUGGAGACCUAACUGGCUUCGACAGUCCUGGAUGCCAGUUUGCAAGGAAUGGCCCCACACUCCUAAACGAAAUAGUAUUUGUAGGCCUUAACGGCACUUUUUUUUUUUUUCCUCAGUAAGGUUCUAAUUGUUUCUUCACAAGCAGGGGAAGAUUUGUCAGAGGAGACAAAUAAGAGGUUUGAUAGCCUUUGCGCUGACACUCAAGCAUCAGGCUGAGGUUUGCACACACGGGAUGUAAAAGCAAGCUGUGUGUUGCUUUGUCACUUAGAAGUAGGGGGAAGAGGGGUGGUUCUCGCCUGCCAUUGCCCUGCUGGCUUCCAGACCCCAGGCUCCCUCCACUUUUGCUAAGUAUCCCAGAUAGAAGAAUUGGGUUGUUCAAGGACAAAAUCAUAAGAUUGUAUAGUUUACAGCACUGAGGUCUAAAAAAGAAAACUACACAAAGCCACCAAGUUGCUGUGGGUCAGUGUUAUUGAUAUCCUGUAGGACCAUGCUGCCAGAAUUCUGCAGUUACCACACACAGGAUUUUGCCAGGAAAGGCCACCCUUGGCUAUUGGGAGCACUUACCCACCCAGUAUCAUUCAGAUAAACAGUAGUAGCUAUGAGGUCCUUUGUGGCUAAAUACCUUAAGACAAUUUUUUUAAGCAGACAGACCAUCUUUUCAUUUUUCCAUCUUAAGUACACAAUCUAUGGAUAAGAAAACGAAAGGUUCCCUGAACCGCUUUCCUCUAAUUUUGUUCUAAUCAUUACAUGAAAGUCUGAGAUCAGCACCUUGGGAAUUUUAAACCAAUAAAAAUUAGUGACGCGAUCCCACUUGCAAUAUUUUAUCCUGAAGGUAAUCAGAUCACAAAUAGAAUAAAAACAAUAAAAGCAUUCAAGAGUAGAAAUCGAGCACCUAUGGGGGACAGAUAUGCUAUGAUAUCUUGAUUUUCAUUUCUGCUAAGUGAUCACAAUAUACCAGAAUGAGUAGGAAAUUUGGCAUGGAUUAAGUUAUGUAUUUCAGUUUAGACUUUAUAAUUUGGUAAAAUGUAUUCUGAGUUCUUCCAUGUACAUUUUUUCCCCAGCCUCUUUCAACUAGAAUAUUUCUCCAUGGCCAUGAGAGAAAGUUUUACCUGAAUUCUGGGAAAAAAAAUAUAUAUCUUUUUACAUUAAAAUUGAUAACUUUUGAUUUUUAAAAAUGAGCUUCUUCCUAAUCUUUAUAUAUAAUAUAAUCUAGAUAAUCACACCUUUUGGUAUAUUAAGCAGCAGGUGGCAUAACAAGCAGAGAUCAAAUGAAUCUUGAAUAUUCUAGAAGUUCUAGUAUAUCAAUAUUCUUCAGAAGAGUUUGGUAAAUUCAAAAUUGAUCUCUAAAUAGGUUUAGCACUUAGUUCUAUUUGACAUCUCCUCAAUAAGUCAUAAAGGUUCAGUUCUUGGGAAAGUACUAGAAUGUGAUGGAGGAUUUCAAAAGCCCUCAUGGUGUCCCCUAUCUAGAUGGAAAUUUAGUAUGAGGCUUUUUAAUUAUGUUACCCAAAGAAUAUAUUUUAUACACUUGAAUUCGUUUUAACUUCCUUUACAUCAGUUUUCCUACAGAUCAUUUUCAUUGUCUAUCCAGCAACCAUAGACCAAAGAUGGCUUGAGGUUUGGUUCUAGAACAGGGGUCAGCAAACAGAUCCCAAGACCCAAUCUGGCUCAUCCCCUGUUUUGGUAAAUAAAGUUUUAUUGUAACACAGCCACAUCCAAUCACAUACAUGUUGUCCAUGGCUCGUGUCCUGGAACGGCAGGGUUGCGUAGCUGUGCCAGAGACCCCCAUGGCCCACAGAGCAUAAAAUACUUCCUAAUUGGCCCUUACAGAAAAAGUUUGCUGACCCCUGACAUAGAGGUCAUUUAUGGUACGUGUUGGACACAGCAGCAAAGAAAGCAGACUUCACGAUAGCAUAGAGUAAGCCUGCAUUUCCUUGUGCACUUGGAAUAUAAGUAUCUAGCUGUAGAAAAAUAGUCAGCCUUACGCUGCAUUAAUAAAAAGUGAUUAUCCACUUGUCUGACAGUGCAGGCUCUCGGGAUUUUGGGAAUAGAGGAAGGCUUAAGGAAACAGGAAAGCUGUGAUUCUCCAAGAGUUUUUUUCUUAGGACUUUUAAUGGACAGGUGGUUCCUCCGUUCAGCAUCUUAUGUGACCAGAAGUGAAGCCGGGGUCCUAUGAUUUAAAUUUAGAAUCCCUUCUCUGAAGAGACUGUUCCUGCAGUCUCUACUCAGAGGCUUCCACCUCACCUUCCCCCAUUCCAAAAAGAUGCCCCUCCCAUGGUCCUCCAGAGAAUAUUUUUGACUUAACCUGUCUUUUUGGCAUCAUCACCUCAGUUAUUUACACCUUCAGUGUACUUACUUUCCUAUGACGACACAAGGGUCUGAAGGAUUGGUGGGACCAAUAAGUAAUUAGAAAUA